UCAAGUGCGUUUGUUGCGCGAGACAUCCAUUAUUAUUGCAGCCUUGUUCGUUGUUUCUGGCCAGUUGUCCUCUGUUCAUUGGCCGUAGGAAAUAACCCACACCAUUUUGACCUCCUUCACAAUGAGCUUCCACCCGCAAAAUGAGCCCGCCUCACCCGUCUCCGAACAAACUCGGCAUACAGACGCAAACCCAGUACCCGAGUCCUUGAGCCCUUCCUCGACUUUAACUUUGUCCUCAGCAGCUACACCUGCACCCGUGCCCGUGUCCGCAGCAGCAGCUACACCUUUCUCACAUGCCCAUCCCGCGUUCCCAGCGCUUCCCCAACUUGGAAAACUACCUACCACCCCACAAGAAAUCCACCAGAUCCUCUCGCUACCCGCAAACCAAUUUACAGCCAAAGCCCUCCCGCUCCUUGCAAAAGUCGCAGAUGGGAAGCCGUUUGAGGGAGCUUCGCUGAAAGCGUGGGAAAGGCGGAAUGCCGGCGAACAGCUGUUGGCGCUGUACGAGGCCGGUGAUGAAGUAUAUGAGACCGCAGAUGAGAGAGUGAAAGAGAUUGGGGGAGGCCUUAUCUAUGUGCUGUCGGCAAGGAUUACUCUUGGGCAAGGCAACGCUGUGGUAUGGAGUGACAAGAUGUUGAAUUUCGCCAUCCGUCUCUGUGAGCUCGCAGAUCCUGCCCAGCUGCGGAUCUGCCACCAAAGAGUUGCUGCAUUUGCAUGGGGCCUUUUACGUUUGUCACAACAGCUUUCAAAGGUCAAACUCGUCAUCCCUGCAAUCACCUCGCUCAUCCAAAAGCUCAAUUACCAUCAAACAUUUUCACCCAUAUUUGGUGCUUUGCUAGAAGCUUGCCUAGUUACUCGUCAAUUUGACCAUCCUAGCUUGGGGUUGGUCCUCGAUAUCAUCUUUUUGGAUGUCAAGACUACAGCGCCUACUUACUUGGAUAUCCUAACGUAUUAUCAUCACGCCGGUGCUGUCACCAUGGCUGUGGGAGACUUUUGUAAAGCCAAAGAGUAUUACUUGACUGCUGUGACGGUUCCGACUACGACUGCCUCAGCUAUUCAACUAGCUUGCGCCAAGAGGGCAUUGUUGUGCGAAUUGAUCGUCACAGGAAAGAAAAUCGUUUGGCCCAAGUAUACACCCACUCCAGUGACCAGGAUCAUUGAGAAAUAUGCUACCUCUUAUAACGAGUUGGCCAAGGAGUUUGAAGCUCACAACUGGGCGAAUGUACGGAGAGCUCACACGGUGGCAGAGUUUGAAAAGGAUUGUAACAGCGGCUUAAUUGAGCAGGUUGUCAACUCUAUUCAUCGUCAUAUGAUUUUGCGACUUCGAAAAACGUAUAUGCGAUUGACUGUGGACAGUCUUGCUAGACGAUUGAGGGUCGGCGACGACAUGCCCAAAGCUGAGCGGGUCGUUGCGAUUUUAGAUGACAUGAUAAAAUCGGGAGAAGUCUCUGCUAUCUUGACGCCGUCUGCGACGCAACCCCAAUCGCAUUCCCAAGCGAUCAUCGAGUUUAUCACAGCGACAGAAAGUUUUACUUCCCCAGCGGCGUUGGGCCGUUUGGAAAGGGCGAGUGCAGUGGCUGCAUUGUUGCAGGAGCAUUUAGCGGAAGGUAGUAGGAGGUUGGGGGCGAGUAAAGAAUAUCUUGUUAAACAAGCACAGUAUUUAGAAUCCAACAGUAAAAAGAACAAGGGAGACGAAUUCGAUCAGUUGAUGGAGGCAGAAGAGACGAUGGAGCCAGGGGCGGGCAGUGGGAAGAUGAUGGGAAGCAGCGGUGGCGGUGGAUCUAAGAGUGGCAGUUUGAGGGGCGUGGCCUCGAAUAUGGCUGAUAUAGGCUUUUGACGAAACAUGCCCGAGAAGCCGAGUUGGUCGGUGGGGCUCGAGUGUGUAUGCAGUUAAAUGCGAGUG